CUCCCCGGGGAGGCAGAGCGCUCGGUGUCACCAGGAGUGACCUCCCCCGCGGGGGGGGGGGGCUGGCGUCGCGCCCACACCGCCCCGCGGGUACAGCCGGCGCGUGGCUUUUGUUUCCGAGCGGCGUGUUUUCUGCGCCCGCCCCCCCUUCCCUUUAUUUCAUUCUCCACUUAGCUUGCCGUCCUCCGGUCCGGGGACGCGUCCACGAUUGUCAGGACGGCGUCAGUGCGGUCCUGAAUUAAGCGCCUUUGCCGUUCUAAAGCCUGGAGGGCUUUGACCUUCAAGCGGGCCGCAAUUAUCUUGCUGUUCGCAUUCUUUGCUGGUGGAAAUGGCUUCCUGGCAAAGGAGGGUUCUGUCCGAGCAGGACAGAACCCGAUGGGCUUUGCCGGUGACUUUUAUACAAGACGUUCUCCACGCCACCGCCCUGAACUUUCCUCCCCAAUUAACUCAAGCAUGAGACCCGUACAUGAGAUUUCACAGCGAGGGACGAGAGUAGAAUGUGUGAGACGUUGGCGCUUCCUUGUAAGACAGAUUUCCUGUGCUGCACGAGAGCCUGAUUCCGAUGCGCCUGUCACUCAAAGGGUGAACCCUCUGAGGCUGCAAAUUGAGAUUUCUUGACUUGUGGUUCACUUUGCAUGGCUACGUCUGUCCCCCCUUCAUUUCACAGACUUAAAACGCUUUACCAAAAUCCUAUUAGGCACAAGUCUUCUGUAUUUAAUUGCUCUCUGAUUGCUGACGAUCAGGAGAUCUUACCUUCAGCCAUCGCCUAAAGGUGCUGCCUCGUCGCAUCCCCCUGUUGCGUUUUGCCUUGUGAUUUCAUGGUUAACAUCCGUGAACCAGAGAUUAGACUCCCACCUCCUUGGGAGAAUCCGGAGGCGAGAGGAAGCCGAUUAUACGGGAGAGAAUUUUUAGGAUACGUUCAGAUACGCAUCAGGAGGAAAUAGGAAAGUAGGAAACACAGUUUGGAGAGGAGGAGGGGGCGGAGUGCUAUGGGCUUUAUUUUAUUUUGUCCUCUGUCAAGUCUGGAUAGGCCACAUGGAGACUCCCUCCGAUGGAAGUUUCUCCCAGUUGAGGACUGGCUGGUGCCUUCGUCCCCCGUGCCUGCCGUAGAGCCGUCCUAACCCAGCAGACCCUUAGGUGAUUGCAGAUAGGCAGGUGUGAGUUAAAGCGCUUCACGUAUUAAGUCACGACCACUCACGACAAGCCUACGAAGUAGGCACUGCCAUCAUCUUCGUGUUACGGGUGCGGUAACUGAGGCCCAGGGUAAUGAGCUUGCUCCCGCCCACCCUCUGCUACCUCUCCCCGCGGUGGGAGCCCGGGCGGAUGCUGAGGCACGGGCACAGGUUCCUGGGGGACUGGACGCGGUCGCCGGGAGGGCGCCUUCCCUCAGUGGCGGUGGAUUUGCGGAGCCGGGAACGCGAUAGCCACAACUCUCACGGCUGAACUCUCUCUCUUUCCCCAGAGAUCUUGCUGCCCGAAACUGCCUGGUAGGGGAGAACCACUUGGUGAAGGUGGCUGAUUUCGGCCUGAGCAGGUUAAUGACAGGGGAUACGUACACAGCCCACGCCGGGGCCAAGUUCCCCAUCAAGUGGACAGCGCCAGAAAGCCUGGCCUACAACAAGUUCUCCAUCAAGUCCGACGUCUGGGCAUUUGGAGUACUGCUUUGGGAAAUUGCUACCUACGGUAUGUCACCUUACCCAGGAAUUGACCUGUCCCAGGUAUACGAGCUGCUAGAGAAAGACUAUCGCAUGGAACGCCCGGAAGGCUGCCCAGAGAAGGUCUACGAACUCAUGCGAGCAUGUUGGCAGUGGAAUCCCUCCGACCGGCCCUCCUUUGCUGAAAUCCACCAAGCCUUUGAGACCAUGUUCCAAGAGUCCAGCAUAUCAGAUGAAGUGGAAAAGGAACUGGGGAAAAAAGGUGUGCGAGGGGUUGCGAGUACUUUGCUGCAGGCCCCAGAGCUGCCCACCAAGACGAGAACGUCUAGGAGAGCCGCGGAGCACAAAGACCCCGCUGACGUGCCCGAGACGCCCCACUCCAAGGGCCCAGGAGAGACCGAUCCUCUGGACCACGAGCCCCCUGUGUCUCCACUGCUCCCUCGAAAAGAACGAGGUCCCCAGGAUGGCGGCCUGAAUGAGGAUGAGCGCCUGCUUCCCAAAGACAAAAAGACCAACUUGUUCAGUGCCUUGAUCAAGAAGAAGAAGAAAACGGCCCCAACGCCCCCGAAACGCAGCAGCUCCUUCCGGGAGAUGGACGGCCAGCCCGAGCGCAAGGGGGCUGGCGAGGAAGAGGGCCGAGAAACCAGCAACGGGGCACCGGCUCUCCCACCCUCGGAUGCAGCCGAGCCAGCCAAGUCCCCAAAGCCCAGCAGCGGGGCUGGCGUCCCCAACGGAGCCUUCCGUGAGUCCGGGGGUGCAGGUUUCCGGUCUCCCCACCUGUGGAAAAAGUCCAGUACGCUGACCAGCAGCCGCCUAGCAGCCAGCGAGGAGGAGAGUGGCGGCAGCUCCAGCAAGCGCUUCCUGCGGUCCUGCUCGGCCUCCUGCGUGCCCCACGGAGCCAGGGACACCGAGUGGAGGUCCGUCACACUGCCUCGGGACCUGCAGUCCACGGGCAGGCAGUUCGACUCGUCCACGUUUGGAGGGCACAAAAGCGAGAAGCCGGCUCUGCCUCGGAAGCGGGCGAGUGAGAACAGGUCCGACCAGGCGGCCAGAGGCACGGUGACUCCCCCACCCAGGCUGGUGAAAAAGACCGAGGAAGCAGCCGAUGAGGUCUUUCGAGACGCGGGGGAGUCCAGCCCCGGCUCCAGCCCCCCAAGUCUGACUCCAAAACUCCUCCGCAGGCAGGUCACGGGGGCUCCUUCCUCUGGCCUUCCCCACAAGGACGAGACCGCCAAGUCCGGUGCCUUGGGGACACCUGUCACAGCUGAGCCGGUGCCCCCCGCCAGCAGAGCAGGGCCAGGUGCGUCCGGAGGGACCGGCAAGGCCCCCGCCGAGGAGCCCAGAGCGAGGAGGCACAAGCCUUCCUCCGAGUCCCCAGGGAGAGACAAGGGGAAACUGUCCAAGCUCAAACCUGCCCCACCGCCCCCGCCGCCGGCCUCCGUGGGGAAAGCCGGGAAGCCCGCUCAGAACCCAACCCAGGAAGCAGCCGGGGAGGCCAGCACUGGCGGGAAAACGAAAGCCGCGGCUGUGGUCGUGGAUGCUGUGAACAGUGACGCCAUCAAGGCCAGUCCGCUGGGAGAGGGCGUCAAAAAGCCCGCGCUCCCAUCCGUGCCAAAGCCGCAGUCGUCCAGCAAGCCAGCGGGGGCCCCAGCCGGCGCGGCGCCCGCCCCCUCCACGUUGCCAUCAGCAGCCUCCGCCCUGGCCGGGGACCAGCCCGCGUCUACUGCCUUCAUCCCUCUCAUAUCGACCCGCGUGUCUCUUCGGAAAACCCGCCAGCCUCCGGAGCGGAUCGCCAGCGGCACCAUCACCAAGAGCGUGGUCCUGGACGGCACCGAGGCCCUGUGCCUGGCCAUCUCCAAGAACUCCGAGCAGAUGGCCAGCCAUAGCGCCGUGCUGGAAGCCGGCAAAAACCUGUACACGUUCUGCGUGAGCUAUGUGGAUUCCAUCCAGCAGAUGAGGAACAAAUUCGCCUUCCGCGAGGCCAUCAACAAACUGGAGAAUAAUCUCCGGGAGCUUCAGAUCUGCCCGGCGACAGCAGGGAGUGGCCCGGCGGCCACUCAGGACUUCAGCAAACUCCUCAGCUCCGUGAAGGAGAUCAGUGACAUCGUACAGAGGUAGCAGAAGCCGGGCGUGAGGCCGGCCGGAGCCGCCUGCAGUGCGUGAAGGCUUCCCCAUGCCUGCGACAGUGGCCGACACCAGACCAGUGAGUUGGGACCUUGGCCCGGGAGCGCUGCGCCACACGGAGCCAAGGGCCACUGUGGAACACAGCCCGACUACCUGUGUUUUGUGCCAACUGUCCCGCACUUCCCCCUCCCCCAGCCCGGGCUCCCUGAGUCGCCUCUGUCCCGAGUUCUAUCUGUGGAGUUCCUGCUCUGUGGACUCCGGUCGGCCCGCCGGCCGCCUCCCCACAUAGUGCUCCAGAACUGAGCUCUUCCGGCCAGGGGUGAAAGCAGAUGAGCAUAUUUCCUUUCCGCUGGUCUUUCUGGAGGCCCUCCUCUGGGUAUGCCUUCUCCUCCGCUUCCCGCAGGAAACGAGCGCCCCGAACAGGAGCCUUGUCACCGAGGCCCGAGGAACUGUCCUCCCCACCUACCCCAUGGAGGGAGCCGGCGCAGAAGACCCGUCUCCAGAACUACAUCCUGGGAAGCGCUUGCCAGCUGGUCACUCUGCCCUCCGUAGCUGCUGGGGGCUGGUGCCCUCACAUCGCUCCGUGUGAAGGACAGCUCUUGAUUUGGGGGGUGAAACGGGGUGCUAAAACCAGCCGGCCCUUGGGUCCUUGCUGUCUUGUGGCACUGCUCGGCCUGGAUGGAAAGCUGGAGUCUGAAGGGUAGGAGGGUCACAGUCCGGCGUGCAGGGUCAGGGGAGGCAGGCAGGGUGGCUGGCUGGGGGAACAGCUGGUACCCAGAUGGCCCGGGGCUGGGCCCAGCCUACCUUUUCAGGCUUCCAGGUGCCCAGAAAAGGCACUUGGUCUUGAUUUCUGACCGAUCUUCUCCUCCCUUGUACUCCUCUGAGACCAAGUAGAUUCAUGCAGAGCUCUUUCCUGUGUGACAAGCCAACCUUUAGUUUUCCGGAGCAUUUCACGGCUCUGAGCUCAGCCCAGUCGCCUCCGGCACAGAAGGACCGGCCGCCAGCGCACGGGAGGAGGAGGACUGUGGCACCAAAGCCCCAACCGUUGCUGGCUGUGCGCUAAGAGGCCAAUGUCCUGUUGAAUCGCCACGAGCAACCAACACGCAACCCACUGUUUCUGCUGGGGUUUUCAGGGAUGGAGAAAACCACAAACAGAUGAAGCCCAGAAAGUGUCUCCAAGAGCAGGCCUCGGUCUCCUCUCCCCAGGCUGCCCAGGACCAGGCUCUCCAGCCAGGGGCCCAGGCCGCCUUGACCUUGACCUAGAGCAGCUGCUGAAGGAGGGGGGCAGGCACCUGCCUGGGCCCCCUGCCGGGCCCAGGCGCGACCACCUUCCACCCCCGUACCCCCGUGACCUCACACCGGCCUCAUCACCCGAACUUGUUCUUUAUUUCUCUGGCAGAGAUGGUUCCCUCUGCAUCGAUUUGUGCUGUCCUCACAGCUCAUCACCUCUUUGCCCCCUCCCCCCCCCAGACUUCUGUGUCACACAGACUGAGGGAGGUGCUAGAACACCACCAGCGGCCUUGCAGACAAAGCAAAACCGACCCCACCCAGGUCCCCUCGACCGCCUCUUUCUAUAAGGUACUGAUUUUUUUUUUGUUCACAUGACGUGCCACUAUAUUUUGCAUUUAUAUCUCGGUAUUACACUCUUUUAUAGACUUGCUCUUUUAUAAAUGACAUGUAAAUAGUUUUCCACUAUUUUUCCUUCUCAAAUGCUUAUGGUGUCUUUUUUUUUUUUUUUUUUUUUUUUUUUUGGUCCAGUACAUUUUGUUUCUGUAUAUGACUCUGUUUUUUGAAUCCACAUCUCUCCGUAGUAUUUUUUAAAUAAAUGUUUACAACGUUAGAACUCGG